AUGGUGAUGCUGGAACGAUGGAGAAUCAAUAUAUCGCCUCCAAUUCCUAUCACAUCAAUAGAGAAUUCGACCAUUGCUGCACCACCAACUGAGAACCAGGAGAACUCAACACCAACAGGUACGAAUGAGUUGACUAAUGUAAACCGCCCAGGGUUUAUGAGAGCACCAAAGUCGGUUGUAUGGGAUCAUUUUGAAAAACAGGUAAUUGGUGGUAAAAGAAAAGCUGCGUGCAACCAUUGUAAGAAGCAAUUGAUUUCUGAAAAGAAUAGUGGAACUACACACUUACAUGAUCAUAUUAAGUCUUGUCUUUACAAGAAACAAAGAACCAUAGAUCAGUCAAUGUUACAUCCUACAAAAUCUAGUGAUGGGUCUACUAAACUGGGCACUUAUAGCUUUAACCCAGACAAUGCCAGGAAGGAACUUGGACAUAUGAUAAUUCUUCAUGAGUAUCCGUUGUCAAUUGUGGAUCACGUUGGAUUCAGAAGGUAUUCUUUUGAACUGCAACCGUUGUUCCUAGUUCCUACUCGAAACACAAUCAAGAAAGAUAUAUUUAAGAUUUUUGAAGUUGAAAGGGAGAAAACAAUGAAGUUGUUGGAUUCGAAUAGAAGCAGAAUUGCCAUUACAACGGAUAUGUGGACAUCAAGUAAUCAAAAGAGAGGAUUUAUGACAAUCACUUCCCACUUCAUUGAUGAUUCGUGGAAUUUGCAAAAUCGACUCUUAAGGUUUAUAUAUGUACCAUGUCCACACACAGCGGAGGUACUUGCAGAUGCUUUGGUGAAUUGCUUGUUUGAGUGGAAUCUUGACCGCAAGCUAUCUACUCUAACUGUAGAUAAUUGCACCACCAAUGAUGCCAUGAUUGACAAAAUAUUGGGUAAGAUCGAUUCUAGUUCACUUUUGUUGGAUGGAGAUUUAUUUCACAUGCGUUGCUGUGCUCAUAUAUUAAACUUAGUUGUGAGAGAUGGCUUAGAUGUGAUCAAAGAUAGUGUUGAAAAAAUUCGGUAUAGUGUUGCAUUUUGGACAGCUACCCCAAAUAGAGAGGAGAAAUUUGUUGAGGCAGCAAAGCAAUUAAGAAUUCCAAGCACUAAAAAGUUGGAACUUGAUUGCAAAACUAGGUGGAACUCUACGUAUACUAUGCUUAACACUGCAAUGAUAUAUGAAGAUGUUUUUCCUCGUCUGAAACAUCGUGAUGCUUUAUACAAAUUUUCCCCUAGUGAAGAUGAUUGGUCAAAGACGAAAGAGAUUAUAGACAAAUUAGAAAUGUUUUAUGAUGCAACAGAGCUUUUCUCCGCCCCAACCCCUCCGAUUUGGCAUUACUCGAGUUUUGGAUUUGCAAGAUGA